CCUCUCACCACUCAUUCUUCUCCAGCCUGAGCAGAACUGUACUUCAUCUUCCUCAUAAUGGCAACCACAUUCUCUAGCCGCAGCUUCAUCUCCUCCUCAGCAGCUGGCACCGGUUCUCUGAGAAGUGGCUCAGCCCUGCACCUCAGCAGCUCCCGAGCAGCCGGCAGCAUGUAUGGAGGAGCUGGAGGGUCUGGAGUGCGCAUCUCCACCACCAGUUCAACUGUCGGAGGUGGCCUAAAUCUUGCUAAUGCCAUUGAUGUCUCUGCCAAUGAGAAGCUGACAAUGCAGAACCUGAAUGAGCGUCUGGCCUCCUACCUGGAGAAAGUGCGCUCACUGGAGAAGGCCAAUGCUGAGCUGGAGCUCAAGAUCCGUCAGUUCCUCGACAGCAAGGCUUCACCCCAGGCCCGGGACUACUCCACCUACUUUGUCACCAUCAGUGACCUUCAGGCCAAGAUUCAGGGUGCCAUUGCUGUGAAUGGAGGACUGUACCUCAACAUCGAUAAUGCCAAACUUUCUGCUGAUGACUUCAAAGUAAAGUACGAGAAUGAGUUAGCCAUAAAGCAGUCAGUUGAGGCCGACAUCACUGGGCUGAGGAAGGUUCUGGAUGACCUCACAUUGGCCAAAUCAGAUCUGCAGCUGCAGAUCGAGGGUCUGAAUGAGGAGCUGAUGUACCUGAAGAAGAACCAUGAGGAAGAGCUCCUGUUGUUACGCUCUCAGAUGGGUGGACAAGUGAACGUGGAGGUGGACGCUGCACCACAGCAAGACCUGAUGGCCAUCUUGGCUGGAAUCCGCGAGCAUUAUGAAGCUGUGGCCGCUAUGAGCCGCAAAGACAUUGAGGCCUGGUUCCAGACCAAGAGUGAAGCGCUAAGCAAAGAGGUCGCCAUCAGCACAGAAACACUCCAGACCUCCAGAUCUGAAAUUACAGAGGUUAAGCGCACACUUCAGAGUCUGGAAAUCGAGCUUCAGUCACAGCUUAGCAUGAAAGCGUCUCUCGAACACACUCUGGCUGAGACACAGACCCGCUAUGCACAAAUGCUCACCGGCUAUCAGGUUCAAGUGACGAGUCUGGAGGAGCAGCUGGCGCAGCUUCGUGCUGAUCUGGAGCGUCAGGCUCAGGAGUAUCAGAUGCUGCUGGACAUCAAGUCCAGACUGGAGCUGGAGAUCGCUGAGUACAGGAGACUGCUGGAUGGAGAAGCAACCACCAGCACCACAACCACCUCUAGCACUUCCACUCGGAAGGUGGUCAUCGUCACAGAGGAGGUGGUGGAUGGUAAAGUGGUCAGCUCCUCCAGUACUUCUGAGAGCAAAACCAUCACCAAUUAAACAUCCUGAGUCUCCACGCAGCAAUGAGAUGACUUCAAGCACUGUGACAUGUUUCCUCGAUGCUCACAAAGUUAAAUAAAGUCGAGUCAAAGCAA